AUGGCGGGCUACGGGGCUAUAAACGGAGACCCAGCUUCUGAAAAUCGGCCAAACCAAGGCUCUGAAGAUGAGAGUGGUCCUCUCCUUGGCAAGAAGGACUCCCCUCGGUCCCUGGCUCAGUUGCGGGACUAUUUGAAAGAGGAUAUCGACAGACGAUGGGCUGAUCUGCUGCUGCUGCUAUCGUAUAUCAUCACGGGCCUUCUCGACAGCUCGGCAGUGUUCAUCUGGGGCUCCUUCGUGAGCAUGCAGACUGGCAACACCGUCUACCUUGGCCUGGGCCUGGUUGAACCGACCAAAGGAACGCGAUGGAUCAGGUCACUCACCUCAAUCGCUUUCUUUUGUUUUGGCUCCUUCUGCUUCAGCCGCUUCCACCGCCAUUUCUCGCCCAAACGACGUUGGGUUCUGCUUGCCUCGUUCGCCGCCCAAUUGCUCUUGGUCGUGGUGGCUGCCGUUGUUGUCAUGGUUGAUAGCAAGCAAGGAAAUGACCUUCGGUGGGAAGUCAUCGUCCCGCUUGCAUUGGUUGCGUUCCAGAGCAGUGGACAAGCUGUGACCAGCCGGGCCCUGCAAUACAACAGCCUCACCAGCGUGGUCUUGACAAGCAUCUACUGUGAUCUGUUCUCUGAUCCUCUGAUCAUGGCGGGACUUUCUCAGAAUGCAGAGAGGAACCGCAGGGCGGCGGCACCCUUAUUGCUCCUGUUCGGAGCCAUCCUUGGGGGCCUAUGGGCACAUAGUCCUGUUGGGCUUGCCGGUGCUCUGUGGACAGCUGCAGCACUUAAAAUCACCAUCAUUCUUGCGUUCUUUCUGUGGAGGGCUCAGCCGCCAACCCAAAGCCGCUGA